CUUGUGUUCUGGACUCAACUGACUGGGCUAGACAGGGAAGUGGGACCAAUCGAGACUCUAGGCCGUCCGUUCGUGUUUACGUGUCACUGUCGCCGGAUCGAUCACAAUUUAAGGUCAUAACAAUUGGCGACGGGGUGGAGAGAAAUUUUGAACCUUGUAAUUGGACGAGAUCCAGACUAAUUGUUUCGACCAAUCAGAGUCCAGAUUUAUCAUCAGCGUCCUUGAACAACAUUUGUCAUUAUCCCUACAGUUAAUUUUCAUUGCUGGUGCAAAAAAAAUGACUACCUGUUCCGAUCGAUUACAGCUUCUACUUGAGCAACAACAGCAGUGCUUCAAAAAUAGCCAGUUAAAUUUUUUAGAAAAUUUAGGCACACUGUUGGUAAAUCUUCCAUGUUUCGGAGAUGCAACAGAAGUUGGCAAGUUCAUUUCUCAUCUGCAGACUGAGCUGGAAAACAACUGCAGAACAUAUGAAGCUGUUUAUAAAAGCCUCUGUGAAUCCCGGACGACCAGUGAUGUAAACGAGACAAUCAUUCAUGAUCCGCCCAGUUGUUCAGAAAUGUCAAAUUCAGAAACAUUCCCUGUUGUGGGUUCACAUCCCACAUCGUACCAUAAAAUAGAAAACAACAUUUUGUACAAGUGAACAGAUAUCGACCAAUAGGAAAUGUCCAUUUAAAGUCCAAGGACACCAUUGGACUUAACAUGAUAAUUAUUGGUCUAUUCCUGCGCAUCCACAAC